AUGGGACGAAGACGAAGAAGAUCGGGAAGGGUUCAAUUGGAAUCCAAAGUUCUUGUAGAUGAAAAAGCAGAGAAAUGGAUAAAGCACUAUAGCAGUUCUCACAAUAUUUUGCUAGUUGGUGAGGGAGACUUCUCCUUUGCCGCAAGCUUAGCAGAAGCAUUUGGAUCUGCGUCAAAUAUGGUUGCCACCUCUCUUGACUCUAAAGUGGCGAACCUGAAGAAACUGGAGGAUUAUGGGUGCACCAUUGUGCAUGAAGUGGAUGCCAACACCAUGAGCCAACAUCCUCUUCUCAAAGUGAAAGCAUUUGACAGAAUUGUAUUUAAUUUUCCUCAUGCUGGUUUAAAUUACUUCAUGUGUGAACACAGCAUGGUCCAAAUUGAGUAA